AUUAAUUAAAUUAUGUAUUUCCUUUUUGAAGCGUAAAAAUUGAUGGAAAAACAAGAAAGUUAUGAGUUUUUAAUUUCAGAAAAAAUACAUGAUAUUUGCUGCGUAUUGAGUGGACCGUAUCAGAAAGAGGGGUUAGAAAAGCCUACAGCAAAAGAUAUUCAUCCGGUACAUUUAACAAAUAUUCCAAAAUAUAGAAUCUCAGAUUUUCAAGAAUAUUUAUCAAAGAUUAACCAGGAAUAUCGUAAAUAUUGUUUAUAUAGGGAGAAUGAGAUAGAUAGGAAUCAUUAUGAACUUGAAAAAGAUGUUUUGAAGUUAAAUUUGAAUGAAUAUGAUACAAAAUCAUCAAGAUGUUCAUCAGAUCGAUCAUCAGGUCGAUCAUCAAUGUCGUUUGAUAAUUAUUUUGAAUCAAUGAACUCUAAUAAGGAGUAUAUUUCCAAAUUUUUUUCAGAAAAAAAGAUAGAAACGAUAGAUAAAUCAUUAUCAUCAAUUCCAUUAGUUUAUUUUAAAUCUAACUUUGAACUUGAAAAUUCAAGAAUAUUUGAUAAAAUUACGGAUAAUUGUGGGAUUUCAUCUGAAAAUUAUGAAUCAUCUUAUUGUAAUAUAUUUUCAAAUAAUACUAUUUUACAGGAAAAGUUAUCAUGGUAUUUAGAUAUUGUUGAAGUUCACUUGAUAAAGGAAAUAAAUAACAUAAGCUCUUCGUUUUUUUCAGUUAUAGAUUAUUUACAGGGUCUAAAUAAGGUAUCAUCGAGUUGUAUUGAUAAAAUAAAAGAGUUGAGAGCUAAAUUGCUUUACAAUAACGAUACUUUUGUGAAGCCUAAAUUGAAAAUUAUAGAAAUAUUAAAAAAGAAAGAAAAUUUAGAUAAGCUGACACUUGCACUUAAACACAUCUAUAAUAUUUUGAAUGAAUUUUCUGAAAUUGAGGAUUUAAUCAAAAAAAAAGAUUACAUUCACGCUUUGAAUGUAAUAGAAAAAAUUAAUAACGAAAUAAAAGGAAAUCUAGAUGGUUCUAGCAAUAUACCUUUAUCAAAUGUUGUUGCUCUUUCUUCUCUUGAAAAAGAACUGCAGAUUUUUAAAGAAGAAAUUAGGGACAAAUUAUUACUGGAAUUUAUAAAUGAGUUAAUAAAAGACCAUAAGCAGGUUAUUUUAUAUGUUUCUCCAGAAACUAUUGCCGAAAUUUAUUUAAAUUUUCAAAAAAAGAAUAAAAUCAACAAAAAUUCUACUCUAUUGUAUAUUGAUUUAGAUGAAGAUUUACGAAAGAAAAUUGAAACACUUGUUAUAGGGCUUUAUAUGACAGAUUCUAUUGAAAAUGCAUUAAAAUGUUAUUAUGAUGCAAUUUUAAAAGAAGUUAAAAAUAUUUUAGUAUAUAAUUUUUUAGAUAGUAAUAAUCCGGUUGAUGUAGAUCUAUUGUUAAAUCCUAUAACAAAAGAACAUACUAUUUUAGUAAAUUUAUUAAAAGAAAUGAGUUCAAAGGACUUUCUUCAAACAAUUGGUACAAUUUAUGCUUUGGUUUAUUUAUUUGUACAGAGACUAUCAAUUUACCGGAAAUUUUUUUUGGAUAUUACAUCAAAUUUAGUUGAAUUAAACCUUGCUUAUAAAUCAAAAUCAUUGAAAUCUAUAGAUAUUAGCGAUAUUUUAAUAGCUGUGAUAGAUUUCAUUGAAUCUGAAAUGGUUACGAUUUUAGAUAUUAGAAACUAUCAAAAUAGCAAAUUUUCAGAAAAUGAUGUAUUUCAUUUUUUCGCUUUAAAUACUAUGUUUUUAUCACAAAGCGAGAUUUUAACAGGAAAAUCACGGGAACUUCUUCAAAAAACUGUUUUGGCUCAAGUUAAACAAUCAAUUAAUAAUUAUCACGCUAAGAAAAUGUCACAAGAAACAUCAAUUCUUGAUAGAGAUCAAUGGAUUGCAGAAAAAUAUGUCACAGAAGAACUCGAACAUGCAAUUUUUUGCAUUAUAGAUUCUGCAAUUACUGAUCCAAUAUCAUGGAAAAAAGACUUUUUAUUUAAUGAAAUAAAAGAAUCAAAAUCGGAUAUAAGCCUAUUAAAUAGCACUGAUGAUAAUUCAAAAAACUCAUUUGUUAUUAUUCAGGAUAAAAAAUAUUUUAUUAUUGAAUCUUUGGCAUUUUUGAUUUUAAUUCUUCAAAGUUAUAUAAAAUUUUUCAUUUUAAUUCCUUCAAUGGCUUACGAUAUAAGUAAUAAUUUAUUGGAGUUAUUAGAGUUAUAUAAUUUCAAGGUUUCUCAAUUAAUUUUAGGAGCAGGUGCAAUAAAAACACUUGGACUUAAAACUAUAACAGCAAGACAUUUAGCUUUGGCUUCUCAUUCACUAUCUCUCAUUAUUUAUUUAAUUCCUUAUAUUCUUGAAUUUAUCAAAAGACAUUCAGGAAAUCUUGAUCUUUCCGAAUUUGAUCAAAUUAUAAAAGUUUAUAAAGAGCACCAAUUAGAAAUAAAUAUGAAAUUUGUUAGCAUUAUGACUGAUAGACUAGAUGUAUUUAUAAACUCCUCUUCAGGUAGCUUAAAAACUCUUGAUUGGUCAAAACCAUUACUUCAAGCUGAUGAUGGCACUUUAAAACCACAUGCUUAUAUGGAAUCUCUUGUAAAAGAUAUAUUAACUCUUCAUAAAAUUUUAACAAAAUAUUUAGAUCAAGAUACUAUACAGGAUGUUAUGCUCAAAGUAUUGGACAUUUAUAUAAAAGUAUUAUUGAAAAAAUAUAAUACCCUUUCUUUAGAUAUUGAGGAUAUAGAAAAACAUAUUUAUACAGAUGUUAAAUAUUUUAGCGAUAAUAUGGCUACAAUUGGUCAUGUAGGUCAUGAUGCCGGCUCAAAAUUACUUGAAAAUCUCCAAUCAAUGUUCAAGGAAUAAUAAACAUAAAAAAUUUCAAUUUAUCAAUUUAUAUAUUAUUAUGGCU